AUGUCAGAAGAGCCUACAGAUGAGGGAAAGCGGCAUGACUCUGUUGUAACGGAGGAGCUGUUGCGGUCUCAGCAGGCCUUGCAGGAACGGGGCGAAUGCCAGGGCGUUUGGGAUGACCAUAAAAAUAUAGUGACUAUCACGAAUAGGAGCGGGAAGGCAUUGCAAAGUAUCGCUG